AUGUCUAUUAAAGAUGCUGACGAGGAUGAUAAUGAUUAUCGUGACACUGUGGUCUGCAAAGAAGAUGAAAUGAAGAACGAGAAUUUUAUCUACAAUGAUUUGCUCGUAAGAGCGUUAGUCCAAUUGUUCCCACGAGAAGAAUCGUCUUUACGGCUGACAGAAAGAUCACUUAUACAUUUAUGGCUGGAGAAAUUAAAGAAUAUCCACACAGACAAUACGGAGGAGCUUUCCAAUCGUAAUAAUUAUAUGUGGUUGUUGCUCUUUGUUUUACAAAAUGGUAACUUAAUCGAGCCAUUCGAUGAACCACCACCUAUCGAUGAAUUGCCUCCAAUCUCUGAUAUCGUGCCGGCGCAAAUGAUCGAAGAAUUGAUAUCGUUGCCGGACAUAAAUUUCCCUCAAACCAACUGGAUCAUUUCUGAUACGAAUGUGAUGGACAUGAAGGAAGCUCAUUCUACUGGUAUGCCACCUCACAAAUUUCUAGAAUAUCAGCCUCGUCCCGUUAACGGAAUAUCCUGCUAUUUUUCAAUAUUCAGCAAACCUUCUUAAAGGAAGAAGCUUUCUUUUUUCAAGCACAGCCAUAAAUUAUGAUCAAUUGAAUGUAUUAUCAAGGAAACGUAAACUAGAUACUUACUCACGUAAAUAAAUUCAUUAAUAAUGUAAAACCUUUAGAGAUACAUAUCGAUAAGCAAACUA